CGCUCUAGCGAAAUUCGGAAUUGAGGAUUCGAGGAGUGUAUCACUCGACUCUGUUUUUGCAAACAUGGCUGAUGAUUGAGUAAUUCAAGGCACUGAGGAUCGUCCAAGCGGAUCUCAAGUUGAAAGAGAGCAUCUUGCAUCCACAAGAUGAAUGUUGCCUCUAUCUCAGGUAUUUAGUUGGAGUGGAUCUGGGAGGUUUACACCGAUUCCGAGAGUCUAUCGAAACGCUAGAGCCUUUGAUGAAGGAAUAUCCUGAGAGUACUCACUACUCCUUUAUUCUUCAAACAGUAGCCUGCCUUGGAGCGAUCUACAACCGUGUCGGGGGGUAUCGCACUUCGCUCAAUCUUUGCAAGGAAGUAAUGGAGAGAUUUGGAGAUUGCUUCAAAGACGAAGUUCCCGACAUUUUGAGCAUCUAUAUUGUGAUGGGAGAAGCACUCUCUGGUCUCAAAAGACCAAAGGAGGCAUUGACUUGGUCCACGAAAGCGGUGCUUGGAACCCAAAAAGUCUACGGUAUGGCGUCCUCGAGGACUUCCCUGGCGAUGCAAUAUUUGGCGCGGAACUACCAAGACUUGAACGAUCUCGAAAAGGCUUGCGAUUGGCAGGAAAAAUGUGUAAAUUCGAUAAGAGACAGUUUUGGAACCAGCCAUCCUACCAAAAUCUCCCAGGAUGCAAUAUUGAUGGACUAUGUAGCCCGACGGUGGAGAAACCCUCUUUUGAGGAAGAGAGUUCUCGGCCGUAGAAAAGCGCACCUCGACCAGGUGAGCCAACAGUUCGGAGACAAAGAUUUUCGAACUCUGGGCUGUCAAGCGCGGCUAGCGCAGGACUACUUUUUUUGUGCUUCAUUUAAAAAGGCAAUGCUUAUGCAGGAGAUAUGUGUAGAGGCUAUGAUCCAAGAAUUUGGGCAAGAUGAUGAAAGGACCGCGGAAGUUAUUGCGCAGCUUGCGACGACAAAAAGAUGGAUCAAAAUUCGGAAAGUAGUGUAUUGGUGGCUUCCCAAUGGUCUCCUGAAAUAGCCUCGCGACGGUUCGGAAGUGGGAUCCGCUUGUCCUCAAUGUCUCCAGUUGAGUCGGAUACACUCUUAGAGAGAGGACUUAAGUAUUCCAGAACUUCUGUGGACAUUCGAAGGUAGUAGGCUUUGAGUAUAUGGAAAUGCGAGGGAGUACAUCGUUUAAGUGUUCGACUUGAUUUGGGAACUUGUCAAUAAUUGCCCCUUUUCUGACCACCAUAAGACAGUUGUCUGCACGUCAUGAUAAACUAUUGUUCGGUGAGUCCUCACAAAAGUUAUGCCUCAAGCUUCAGCCCCUAGCAAUACUU